UCGCCGGGGCGGGCGGGCGAUGGCGGCGCAGUUCCGCAGCUACGUGUGGGACCCGGCGCUGAUCGUGUCGCAGAUGGUGCUGCUGCAGGCCGGGUACUACAGCUCGCUCGGGCUCUGGCUCGCCCUCCUCGGCACCCUGGGCAGCACCGGGCCCUCCCUGCAACAAGUCUUCAGCGACGAGAUUCUAGGGUUCUCAACGCCGACGGGGAGGCUCUCCAUGAUGGCUUUCGUCCUCAACGCGCUCACCUGUGCUUUGGGCUUGCUGUACUUCAUCCGCCGAGGAAAGCAGUGCCUGGAUUUCACAGUCACGGUUCACUUCUUCCACCUUCUGGGCUGCUGGAUUUAUAACUCACACUUUCCCUCCACGCUGACGUGGUGGCUGGUGCACAUCGUGUGCACCGCGCUGAUGGCUGCCAUCGGGGAGUACCUCUGCAUGAGGAUAGAACUCAGAGAAAUCCCCCUCAAUUCUGCCCCCAAAUCCAAUGUAUAGACUUGCUCUGGCCACAACAUGCUGCAUUAUGUUAUUGUUUCCGGCACAAGUGUAUCUAAGGCCCAAGAAUCAUCACUGAAGAAGCACAGCAGGUCUGUUUAGACUUGGGUGGGAUUUUUUUGGGGGGACCUUGGUGACUGCAUGAGUGUGAGCAUCUCCUCUGGCCUCAAUCAACAACAGGGGAGGAACAGAUGUUUAUUUUGCUAACAUAAAGCAUUUAAUAUGACUGUAUGGCGAGUGUGCUCUGAAACUCUUCACUCAUGAGACUGUUCAAAGUCAGGCAGCAAAACCUGAUGUGUGAGGAGCAUGUGGAACUAAAUGUGGGAGUGCCCUGUAUGGGUAGUGCAACGGUCAGCUCUUGAAGGAGCUGCACAGUAAGUAGCAAGGCUGGGAGCUAUCGCUUCCAGGAAAAAUAGUCAAAGUGAAUAAAUGGGGAGAAAGAAAAUAGCUGUACUUACCCACAUCACCAGCUGAGACCCUAAAUAACCUAUAAUGUUGGGUGGAUGUUUGCUGUUUCCAUGUUUAAUACAUAGAGAUGUCAGACAGCAGGUUGCUGAAGAAAUCUUUUGUAAUAAUAAAAAUAUUAUGUUGCUGUGA